CAGAAGUGAAGACGAGCGUCAGAGCAUCAGGAAGAGCUGAAAUCUGAUCAAAGACUGAGUUUAUUAAAGAGGACAGAGAGAAGAUGAGAGAUCCAGAGCCCUGCAGAAUCAAACACACUGAAGAUACUGAACAACAAACAGUGUGCAUAGGAAAUGGUCAUGUCAGGAUGAAAAAUGCACUACUGCAAGAAAGGGAUCUGUUCCGGAAGGUGGCCUGCCUGCCACAAGAAGCUGGUGGUUUUGUCCUUAUACCCCUUCGCCAUGGUCUGGAACACACAUAUUAAGAUAAGCGUCGUGAAUGUGACACCUACAACCUGACCAGCCAGGCAGAGGAGGACGAUGAGGUGAUUAGAUCAAUGAGGAAGCGCACUAAAAAAGUAAUUCCGGAGGGUUUUGUUAGAAAUGAAUUAACGGAUUCGGAUGAGAGUGUCAGGGGCGUCAAGCUACCCACCUUCCCUGCUGCACCAAGGAAGCUGCAGCCCAUUGAGGACACCAACAUGUUGCACAAUACUUCCCAUGAAGAUGGAGCCAUGUCUGGCCAAGUAGAGCGUGCGGACAGUUCAGGCAGUGAAAUGUCCACCCCCAACCAUGAAGAUGGAGCCAUGUCUGGCCAAGUGGAGCGUGUGGAUAGUCCCCGGGGCAGUGAAAUGUCCACUCCUAACUCUGUAAGUCAAACCUUGGAUGGCCUGAUGGAAGCCCUCUCUGGCCCAGAGAAAUGCGCUGCCAGAUCUUGGCGCAAGGAAAUGUCCAAUGCAAGCACAGCACCUCGGAUCAGAGACCUGUCGACACCCAGAUCUUGUCAUGCAGCAAGAGGUCAUGCGAGGGAUGGCUAUCGCUCCAGGUCCAACAGUGGAUCCACCAUCAGGUCCUGGCACAGUGAUUGUUCGAGACCCACCUUCAGGUCCAGACAUGAUGGGUCACGGCACAGUGAUGUCAGGUCCAGACAUGACCGAUCCCGUAGUGAUGCCCCCAGUCCCCCGGCCAGGUCCAGACACGAUAAAAGAGCACAGCGAUGUGAUGUCCGAUACCGUAGUGAUGACCGAUCCCGUAGUGAUGCCCCCAGUCCCCCGGCCAGGUCCAGACACGAUAAAAGAGCACAGCACAGUGAUCACAGCAUCCCCCCCUAUGACAGGCUUGAUGCAGUGACUGAGACUGGGAGAUGGGCAUUCCCGUUGCCUUUGGGUGUGUUCCAGAAAAGGUCCUGAGCCUACUGGUCGACAUCCGCCAUCGCCUGAAGUAAACACAGCCUGCCUCUUCAGCUGUCCAUAUAGAGAGAACUGACACCAUGGAGGACUUUGAGUUACAGGAGCAACACCUCUCUGAUGCACAGGCCUUUGAUACCCUGGUGCUGCAAGAAUUGGUGGGCGGAACACCAAGGACUGUGUCCACAAAGUGUUGGACAGGCUCUUCACCAACAGCCUCAUGGCCAAAUUUAAUUUGAAGGGCAAGGGGAAAAGGGGGAAACGCCCUUUAGAGGGAUCAAAGGUUUAUAUAGCAAUACAAGAUGGGAUCAUGAAAUUUGAUUCCACAGCCACUGAGGACUGCAUCAAGGUGAACGUGUCUGAGCACCUCAAGCACGCCGCAAAGACUUGGAGGUGGAGGAUUCACUACGCCCUGAUGAGCCAAGCCUAUACAGGACUUGAAAUAGAAGUUCAAUUAAAUUCAUCUAAAUAUUUGUUCAUAAUUCUGCCUCCAUUGUGCUUGAUAUGUCUGGUGCCCUUGUGAUGCCACUCAGGGCAAUUUAUUUUUGAAUAAAGAUGGUAA